AUGGCAAAUUUGGAAACACAACUUACAGCUCCAGCAGAGGAUUACAUUAAUGAUCCAUCAAUAGAAUUUGCUUGGGCAAUGAAAGCCAGUGAAAGAGCAAGCAUUCAUCAAAAUUUACUUCUUAAUUGUGAUACCAAAACAUUAAAAUUAAAUAAAUACCAAGAUGAAAUAUAUAAAGCAUUUAGAGAAACUUUUCCAGAUUUAAAUAUAGAACUGGUAACUGAGGAACAAUUAAAAGGUGAUAACAAAAAAAAAUGGCAUGAUUUUUGUGAGUCAUUCAAAGAAGUUGAUGACUAUAAUAUGGGAGCUUUAAUGAGAAUGGAUGUAAAGACAAUAUACACACCAGAUAAUACUAUUAUUGUUCCAAGGAUACAAUUUUUGGCCAUCGAAGGUGCUAGAAAUGUUGAAGGAGUUAAUGAAAAAUACAAAGAAUCAAUUUCCCGUGACUAUCAAAAGGCCUCAAAUGAUGGAACUUUGGCUAUUUGA